CCUACUUCCAGCGUCUAUCAUCUUGUCAUUUUUUUUAUUGUUAUUAAUAUAUUUGAAUCUUUAAGAAUUUUUUAAACUAAUCAUAUUUUCAUAAAUAAAAUUUGGAUCGGAUAAAACUUCGUGAUUUCGUUUGAUUGCAAUAUUCAUUUUUUGUAACCAAGUAAUACUGUAGAUCAGUUAGGUUAUAUUCACGUGAUUAUUCGUUGAAAGUCAGAGUUACUGUGUACAUAAACAAACCGAAUUUAACAUGAAUGAAGUUUUGAAUAGCAAUUUUGAUGCUGUGUAUCCACGGAUAGAGAAUGCUAUAAACAAUGCAGCUUUCAUUGCGAUAGAUGCUGAAAUGUCAGGUAUACAUUCGGAGAGAAAUUUGAAAAAUAGUUUAUUUGAUACUCUCAAUGAUCGUUACAUGGCAUGGAAAAGAAACAUUCAGCAAUUCGUAAUUGUACAAUUUGGCAUUACAACUUUUUACCGUGUUCCUUCUAACAAUGCCUAUAAAGCGGACAGCUUUAGUUUUUACUUGUUUCCUAGAUCUAUUCCAUUAAAAAAUAGACAAUUGUCGUGGGAAGUGGAAGCGAUAGAUUUCCUUUAUAAACAUGGCUUCGAUUUUAAUAAAGUAUGCUCUCAAAAUACAAUUGGGUUCUUAGUCGGAGGUAUUUCGUACAUUGACGAAAUAGAUGAGAGUUUACUGCGUGAUCACAUAGUACAUGGCGAUGUAGAAAAUUAUUUAUCACUGUUAUCCUAUGACGAAGAAGAAAAUUUCAAAGAGUGCAAGAGCAAGGUUUAUGAAUGGAUUUCUAAUAAGUUAGAAAAUGCACCAUUAAAGUUGGAAGUUAUUACUCCUAUGGUACAAUAUGUACUACAUAAAGACUUAAGAAAUAAUUACAACGAUAUUUGGAUUACAUCAGACAAUAAAUCAAUAAAUGUUAUGAAAAUAUCGAGUAAUGCGCAGGAUGAUUUGUUCAAGAAGGAUAAUUUGGAAGAAGCACUGCUAGGUCUUUAUUUAGGUUUUUCCAAAGUAUUUAAACUUUUGUCCUCUAGUAAGAAAACGAUAAUAGGGCACAAUAUACUUUUGGAUUUAAUGUUCAUGCAUCAACAGUUCUAUAAGCCACUACCAGAUUCAUACAAAGAAUUCAAAAGUAAUAUACAUACAUUAUUUCCACAAAUAUAUGACACAAAAUUCUUAAGCUUUGAAUUGCGAAAAUUAUAUAGCAGAGAGGAAGUAAACUGGAAAGUAAAUUCAUUGAAUAUUUUGUACGAAUAUUUUACAACUCAAGGACGAAUUACAACUUAUAAUUCACCAGAGAUUAUCUUUAAUGAAGAAUUUUCACAUAAAAAGAAUUAUCAUAGCGCUGGGUGGGAUUCUUACUUUUGUGGAUAUGUAUUUGUGAAAAUGGCACAUAUAUUUUGUGUAAAGAAAUUUGGGACGGGUUUAGAAGAAAGGACAGCGUCCCAUUCUGAGUUAAUGAGCAGUGUAAAAGAUUUUAUAAAUUCUAUAAAUAUAACGAGAGGCAAUGAAAUGUAUAUGAAACUUGAUGGAGAAGAUCCAAUGUUAUCGAGACCACAAUGGCUUCAUGUCAAGUUGAAGUCACCAUCUCUAGAUAUUAAGCAGUUAAUGGAGAAAUUCUCAUCUUAUGGUUCAGUGGAUGUAAUGCCUUUUGCUCGGAGACGCGUUUUAGUAGCUGUCUCAAGCCACAAUACUAACAAACGGAACAAGGCGACUGACAGUCCGCAAAUGAUAAAGUACGAAUCUACCGCGUCGGAGAUAUUGCAGCGAUUCAAGAACAGCGAGGAAUUACAGGUGGUACGGUACAACCGCAUAAAACACGCGACGUCCAUGACCAUUUUUUUGUGGAGCGGAGCUGUUCUGUCCGGAGGUGUUCUUGCCUGGAUGUUAAAAAAUAUUUCUAAAACGUAUAUCAAUCAAUAACAAUAACGAGGAACAAUCCUUUUUCACGUAUAAUCCUUUAUGCAUAUUGAUAAUGGGGAACGUUACAAAAGCAAAUCUCAGUAACGAAACGGUUAUUCCAAUUGAUUUUUGUAUGGUAGGAGAUACAGAGUAAAAAUUCAAUUUUAUUUUCCACGCGUUCCAUCUGUAUACCAAAUAAUUAUAUAUACGUGUUCGAAGAUAAUGUCUUUAAUAUAUCUUUUUAUAUUAAGAAACUGGCCAAAUUGUUCAGUCAUUUGGCACCGUUUUUUAGUUGUCCUUGUAUUUAGACAACGAGUCUUUCUAUACAAAGCGAACAGUGCAACGUUACAAAUCGUACGCUAUAUAAUUAUCUGAAACUUACUUUAUGAAACCAUGUAACUAUAUAACGAAAGCAAAGUGCGUUAACGAAACGAGCGUUACACAUAGGAAAGAAAAUCAUAGUUAUCCGUGCGGAUGGGACUGCAAUUCAUAGAUCAAGUUCUACCAACAAGACAGCAUUUCAAUACGUUCAUUGAUUACACCAUGAUUCUCUUGCAUAAGAAUCUAUAUAAGAGAUCAUGAAAGAAGAAAUGAAAAUAAGCAUUCGUAAAAAUGAGAAAGUAAAACAAGCUUCGAUUGGAUUUCCAACUGGCCGGCCAACCCAGAAAGAGUGCCUCCGUCUCUGUCUUCCUUUCUUACGUUCGUACGCGACCACCAGCCGCAAAAUCUAUUUAAAUGUUAGAUCGAAAUCGCGAGUGGAAUCUUUGCGUGAGCUGUUAUUAUUAUUUCUCGUUCUGGUUUGUCGACGUUCCGGGCCAGAGCUCGUUUUCGUCAAGGAACCUAUUCACCGUUGUGCCAAACCUCCGUGCACUCGCGAAAAAUCCAAUUAUCCCUGGCUUUGCUGCGAACCGGUCGUAUUUUCUUCUUUUUUUAUUCACACACACACGCGCACACAUACACACGCACGCACAUACAUACACACAUAGGCGCGCGCGUCGUUAGACAUUUGGAAAGUUUUUCGAUUAUGCUUUCUCCCAGUGUGUUGCACCCUUUCACCUUUUUUUAUAAGUAGAACGUUACUCGAAUAUGGUUGAGCAUAACGUUUAUCGUUGCUACGCACGGACUGAUUUAGGCUUGGAAAUUCUUAAAAGAAUCGCAUAUUGUAAGGAAAAUGAAGAUGUCGUAGGUAUUGGCGAUACUCGAGUGGUUAUAUACGAUUCUCGCACUAUUAAACGAAAACAAGGGGCAAAGAGUAACACGUGACAGGUUGUAUCGUAAAUUUCGUUGCAGUCUUGGCAAAUGGUCUGGCAUUCAUACUCUAGAACAACGACUUGUUACUAUCAAACGACGUUCAAUCGUGUACGUGGACUCCUUAAGCAAGCGAAUGAAGAUGGAUAAGCAGGACGAACCAGGUGAUAUCGAUCCUCCUAACGACAAGGUACCAUAGUACGAAACGAGACGAUGUUCUCGUUGCGAACUCGUUGCUGUUACUCGCCGACCACUUUGUGCUACUUUGUGCUUAUCUUGAAAUCCUGAUGGCCAAGGAAGAGACCAAACGUUCCCCGAUAUUUCAAAAGUUUUCUCUGGCGGCCACCCAAGGCUAAAUCACUCGAAAUAACGCAGUAGCAAUUUGUGUAGGCGUGCUGCCGGACGGUCAGCCUGGUCACACUGGUGUCCGGUGGCAGGUGGAGCAGCUUUCGAGAUGGAUCUCACGCUCUGUCUCUUUGGGUUCUACUUCGACCGGUUAAACGACGAACGUAAAGGUCGCGAGCGCCAGCAACGAGGUCUAUGGAACUGGGUUAACCAAAUUCGCUAUUUUCUCGUCUCAUCGGGUACAAUUUGUAUUCGGAUCAUCCUUACACUACUUGGAUGUUCCUUCGCAUCCUCUUGGGAAUCAACGUUGAUUACUAACCGUCGUUUUUCACCAAACGAAUGGAAACUUAACCCAUUGGUCGUUAAGGUAAUUUCCUUCUUACCGUUGCUCUUCUUUUGGUAGAUGCAUUUGUCUAGUACAUGGAAGAGGCGAAAGGUGAGGGCGCGUGAUAGAUAGAAGACUACUAUUUGGCAACCUUGAGCGAUCGGCCGAUUCUACCGAGGCUAUAGCACGUACACUUCUCUCAGUAUAAUUCCUAGUGUUCAAUCUACGGAUUUUUCUUAAAACGAGGAGCUAAUCGUCAAGGUGAAUUGUAAAUCUCACUAACCAUUAAAUCCUUCGAGUCUCUGAUCUAAAUCGACAGGGUAAUCGUGGAUAAUCACAGAGUCGCAAGUUCUCGAGAAACGGAGACCUUGCGAUCCUGGUUUUACAGAAGAAUUAACAGAAAAAAAAGAAAAGAAAAAGAACAGAAA